UUAGCAUAUUUUUAGUUCUGGUUCUUCUUUGGUCAAGAAAAGAAACAACCACCAAAAUGAAAUUCUGUAUCGUAUUUUUGGCAAUUGCGGUUUCAGCUGUUGCUGCCCAAAUAUCCAAUGAAUAUCUUCCACCUGUGGAAAAUGCAUUGUCUCCCAGCAAUGAGUACUUACCUCCAGUUGAAGAUGAGCCAGCUCACAUUUUAGCCGAUGAUGGUUACCGUUACAAGACCGUCCGCAGGUUGAAAUACCGUCACCGUCGUGAUGUUAACGAGUUGCCCUCCAACGAGUACCUUCCUCCAGUUCAACAAUCGUUUGCUCCAUCCCAGGAGUACUUGCCUCCAGUAAGUGCAUCUUUCGAACCAGAAACUGUUCUUGCCGAUGAUGGUUACCGUUACAAGACUGUUCGUCGUUUGAAAUACCGUCACCGUCGUGAUGUCAACGAAUUGCCAUCCAACGAGUACCUUCCUCCAGUUCAACAAUCGUUUGCUCCAUCCCAGGAGUACUUGCCUCCAGUAAGUGCAUCUUUCGAACCAGAAACCGUUCUUGCCGAUGAUGGUUACCGUUACAAGACCGUCCGUCGUUUAAAAUAUCGUCACCGUCGUGAUGUCAACGAAUUGCCAUCCAACGAGUACCUUCCUCCAGUUCAACAAUCGUUUGCUCCAUCCCAGGAGUACUUGCCUCCAGUAAGUGCAUCUUUCGAACCAGAAACUGUUCUUGCCGAUGAUGGUUACCGUUACAAAACUGUAAGAAGACUUAAGUACAGACGUCAUUAAGUGUUUACACAUUUUUUUCUAAAUUUAUUUACCUA